UACACAAAAAUUCCAUUAAAACAAACAAAUCUCUCUUUCUUUCUCUCUUUUCUCUAAAUCAGAGAAGAUCCCUUUUCUUCACUCCUCCAACCAAAAAAAGUUCAGAUCCUAGUUACAGACCUCCCAAUCCAUUUCCAUCAACAAUUUUCUAGCUACCCUUUCUUCAAAUCUGUGUCCAAACAUCGAAAACCUUCAGAAAUUGAGGUCAGAUUUAUCAAAUUUCGAGCCCUAGUCUUAUUUUGGGUGAAUUUUAGGAAUUGAAGAUGAAGAGUCCAAAUUGAAAGAUUUCAACAGAAGCCCUCGUUUCAUUUUAAUCAUUUGAGUAAACCCUUUCUCAGAAAUCUGUAAAUCCUGUGAACUUUAUUAGAAAUCUCUAACCCUAGAUUUUGAUGUAGAUUUUGUGAUUUUUUUAUUUUUAUUUUGUGAAAUAUGAUGAUGAUGGAGAUGAAUUUUAGGGAUUUUCAGAAACCCUAGUUUCGAUUUCUUCUUCUGAGUGUAAAUUUUGUGAAUUUUACGGAAUUUUUUGUGAAAUUUUCUCUAAUUGUUUGAUUAAUGGAGCCAAGAAAAGUUUUGAUUUUAGUGGUGUUAGGUUUAUUUGGUAACAUUUCGUUUACUGCUUCACAAUUAUUUCCGCCACAGAUUCCGAGUUUCAAUCCUGAACUAUCUCCGCCACCACCUGACAAUUUUGCUCCUUCUCAAUUAUCACCCCCAGGAUUUCAGAUUUUAGCACCACCGCCACCGCCACCGUUAACACCACCACCACCGCCUCCGCCUCCUCCAGCACCAUUUCCACCUCCCCCUCCUUUCGUGCCACCUCCACCUCCUCAAGAUCAAUCUCCUCCACCACCACCACCAGCUCCUCAGCAUUCUCCUCCGCCUCCACAGCAUUGGAGGAGACCGCCACCACCUUGGCGUAAUCCUAAUUAUGCUGGACGUAGGAAUGAGUGGAGGAAAUCAGGUAAGGAGAUGAAUUUUGGGAAGAAAAUCGGGUAUUUAUUUCUGUGUGUUGGUGGGGCUCUCCAAAUUGGUGUUAUUUCUUUUUUGGGAUUCAAGAGAUGGAAAAUUUCGAAGAUCAGAGAUCGAGGAUGAGAUGUGAAUUAUGGUUGUUCUUGAUUUGUUUGUGUAAUGUGUAACUUAAUGUUUUACUUCUACUUCUUACGAUGAUGAUGAUGGUGAGAUUAGUCUUCUGCUUGAAUUGGUGAGGGUGGAGUUCGAAAUCAGAGAAAUGUAAGGUUUGGAUUGGAAGCGGAUUUUUCAACAGGCAGCGGUCGGAUCAUGGCGUGUGUGUGCCCGGAUCAGUAGUUCUCACUUAAUCGCUUGUGGCCUUUGCCGUUAUUCUCACAAUGGAUCCGCUGUUGAAAGCCCGCUUCUAAAUCUAUCCAGCAAGGGUGUGGAACAUUAUAAAGUCGUGCAGUAGUAACUCAGAGGUAUGCAAAAGUUCAUCAUCUGUGAAAGGAUUCCCUUUCAAGAGAAAUCAACCUUAGAAACAGUUAAAAAGCAAAAGAAUGACAAGGAAAUGGACACAGAAUAUGAGAUCAACAGCUUAGGUACGCUCUUGUUAAUUUUAGAAUUCUUGUCAUGCCAAAGAGUAAAAAUUUGUUUAUCCACAGUUAUAAUAUCGAUCAUCAUGUCUAUAUAUCAUCUUCUAAGAGUUAGAUUUAUCGUGGGGGAUACCACCCCCUGCAUAUGUACACCACGUUUGUUCCAUUAUUUGAUUUUUUAAAUAUAUUAAAAUCUUGAAGUACAGUUGUAUUCUUUUUAAUAGCGAGUUGGAUGAGAAAUUAAAUAUUUUCCCCCUU